CCACCAGUACCCCCUUUGCUUCAUCUCAAUCCCCCACGCAAAAAAAAAGAAAAAAAAAACCCUAAUUCCCCAAAUCAAACCCCACGAUUUGGGGAUUUGAUCAAAGAGUGGCCGAUCAUGGGGACACUGGGGAAGGCGAUCUACACCGUGGGAUUCUGGAUUCGGGAGACUGGGCAGGCCAUGGAUCGCCUCGGCUCCCGCCUCCAGGGCAACUACUACUUCCAUGAACAAUUGUCAAGGCAUCGGACACUUAUGAAUAUAUUUGACAAAGCACCCAGUGUUGACAAGGACGCAUUUGUGGCUCCAAGUGCUUCUGUUAUUGGAGAUGUUCAAGUGGGACGGGGGUCCUCAAUUUGGUAUGGAUGUGUAUUAAGAGGUGAUGUUAACAACAUCAAGGUGGGAUCUGGAACUAAUAUUCAGGACAACUCUCUAGUUCAUGUAGCAAAAUCUAAUUUAAGUGGGAAGGUAUUACCAACCAUUAUUGGAGAUAAUGUUACUAUUGGUCAUAGUGCCGUUCUUCAUGGGUGUACUAUUGAGGAUGAAGCUUUUGUUGGUAUGGGUGCUACACUGCUUGAUGGGGUGGUCGUGGAAAAACAUGGCAUGGUUGCUGCUGGAUCCCUUGUGAGACAGAAUACAAGGAUCCCUUGUGGAGAGGUUUGGGCUGGUAAUCCAGCAAAGUUCCUCAGGAAUCUCACUGAAGAAGAGAUUGCGUUCAUUUCCCAAUCAGCAGUAAACUACGUCAAUCUUGCCCAGGUCCAUGCUGCUGAAAAUGCAAAGACAUUUGAUGAGAUCGAGUUUGAGAAGGCGCUUCGCAAGAAGUUUGCUCACAGAGACGAGGAGUACGAUUCAAUGCUCGGAGUAGUUCGUGAAGUCCCACCAGAGCUCAUACUUCCUGAUAACAUACUACCAGGCAAAGCUCUGAAGCCAUCACAAUGAAUCAAUCCAUUGGACUGAUUUCUUGUAUGUUUGUUGUAGUUUGAUUUGCAUCUUUGAAGAGGAUGGUGGUUUUAUUUCUUUCCACCCCACAAUAAUUUUUAAGAUCAACCCCAGCAGCUAUUGAGCUCGUGAGAUUCUUGAUCCUUGUUGUUACAUUGAAAUCGAAUAUUUCUUGAUUAUGUUGCCAAAAAUUGGCAAUAUUGGCUGUAUUAUCAGCUUUAUGUUGUGUGUUGCAAAUGUGAAGCAUAUUGUUUCUGGAAGGGAAGACUUGUUUCUAUUAAUAAAGGUCUAUAACUACGCUCUCCUGUUUGAA